CAGUCCUCCUCCCACACAAUUUGCUAAAACCUACCGCGGCGGCGGCGGCGGCGGCGGCGAGCUUACAGCUGAAUCCGCCGCGGUUAGGUUUACAGCUGAAUAUUUCCCGUAGCUAGUUCACCAUGUCGGCCGUAGCGAGCAACAAGCCGUCGCGGUCCGCCUCCGCUAUUGUCGCGUCCACAGUGAGCGGGUACCACCUUCUUAAGAUCGAUGGCUACUCCCGCACCAAGGGCGUCCCCAGCGGAGAUAAGAUCAAGUCCCGCGCUUUCACCCUUGGAGGUCAUAGAUGGCACAUCGAUUACCAUCCCAAUGGCAUCAACUCGGAGCAUGCCGACUACAUAUCUCUGUAUCUUUCUCUUGACGACACUGUCACCACGGCGGUGAAGGCACAACACAGAUUCUCCUUUGCCGACGAGGUGAAGGACCAGGCUCCUUCAUUGACAACAGCACCAGUAAAGAACUACGCUAGUCAAAAUGGCUGGGGGACAUCGAUGUUUAUCAAAAGGGCAGAGCUGGAGAAGUCAAAUCAUCUCAAGGAUGACUCUUUCACCAUCAGGUGCGAUAUUGUUGUCAUUCAAGAUUACCGUGCAGAAGAUUUCCCAGAGACCACUCCUACAACAUUCGUUUCUGUGGCACCAUCUGACCUGUACCAGCACCUUGGUGAUCUCCUGAAGACUGAGAAGGGCGCUGAUGUGGUUUUCGAGGUUGGUGGUGAGACAUUCGCAGCCCACCGGUGUGUGCUUGCUGCCCGAUCGCCAGUCUUCAGUGCGGAGCUCUUUGGCGGUAUGAAGGAGGGCAACACCGCAGGUGUCGUGCGCAUAGAUGACAUGGAGGCGCAGGUGUUCAAGGCAUUGCUCUGUUUUGCGUACACCGACUCCUUACCAAAACCAGAAGAGGAAGAUGUCAUGUACCAGCAUCUACUUGUUGCGGCCGACAGGUAUAACAUGGAUAGGCUCAAGAGUAUUUGCGAGGAAAAGCUGUGCAAUUACAUUACCGUAGGCACAGUAGCCACCAUCCUGGCGCUAGCUGAGCAGCACAAUUGCGAAGGACUAAAGAAGGCAUGCUUGCAUUUUCUUGGCACCCCUGCAAACCUGAGGGCUCUGUUGGACAGCGAUGACUUUGAUCAUCUUAGCAGGAGCUGCCCUUCUAUUAUGAAGAAGCUGAUUGCCAUGUUGGCAUUCAAAUAGUUGUAAAUGCUGCUUUAGCGAUGAUAUUUCAAGGAUUUGAAAUUUUUAUCAUCGGGGUUUUCUUAUUUUAGCAAUGGUGCUUAGCUCCCAAGUUCGUUUUCAGACUUAUUGUCAGGUAGCAAUCAUGAGUUCUUAGUGUAUGACUACCAGACUUAUCUAUCAGGAAGUACUUUGCUAGAAGCCUAGAAGGCAGAUGUGUCCAUUGAAGCCAACGCAUGGUCUUCUCUAGUUAUUUUUUUUUCUCUUAGAAAUCUUAUGAACCAGGAACACAAGGUACUUGGGCUUUGUCUCUUUCUUAAGGAGAUGUCAAAGUAGAUUAAUCUCUGCUUUGAAGUUUC